AUGGCAGGUCCUACAUGGCUGUUUAACCUGGACCAAUUGCAAUCCACACCUUCAAGACAAGCCGGAAUGUCGGAGGCGGAGGAGAACCGACAGAGGCGGCAUGCCGUCAAGAUUAUCAUGGAUUUGGGACAGGAAAUGAAUAUGUAAGUGUCUAGUCUUUGUUUGUUGUUUCUUUUGUAGUUGUUCAUACAUGUAAUUAAAUUUAAGAAAAGUAUGCCCAACAAUAGCUACGGCCGCAGUUUUCUUUCAUCGAUUUUAUAUGUUUUCGUCUAUGAGUGAGUACAGAGCUGAGAAAAUUGCUCUUGCAUGUCUAUUCUUGGCUGGCAAAGUUGAAGAAACGCCGAAGAAAUGCAAGGAUCUUCUUCAAGUUGCUGCGGAGAAGUUUCCCGAUUACUAUGGUGAUGAUAUUCCGGUAAAUGAUUUUUUAGCUAUAAAAUAAAAUUUUCAGGGUGAUAUAUUCGCGGCCGAAACCGUGCUGUUACACACUUUGCGAUUUGAUAUUGAAGUCUUUCACCCAUACAGCAAGAUCAUCGAGUACGUUAGCAUAUUUGAGCUGGAGAAACAGGAUAAAAGUUUUUUGAGUACAACAGCUUGGACAUUCAUCAACGAUAGUUUCUGCACUUCCUUAUGUCUUAUGUGGGAACCUGAAGUAAGCCCUUAUACAUCGUUAGGAUUUAUUCUUUUAGUUAAUAGCCAUUGCUGCCAUCGAGAUGGCCGUUAUGAUGGGAAGACAUCAAAGAAAUCUGCAAGUUCACUACAAAGAACAGGACAAAUAUCAUCUUUGGUGGGAACACUUUGUUGGAAACCUUUCUCAAGAAACAGUCGAUCUCAUCUGUCAUCAACUACUGGAUUAUUACUGGUUAGUAGAGAACGAAGACGGAUCGUGA